UUGCCUUCGUAAUAAUCUGUUUCCACUAUAUAGCACAGCAACAAAGUCAAAGUGUCUAUGUCUAUAAAUGUAUGAAAAAUCAAAUGAGGUUUUUUUGGUGUUAAUUUAAGGUUCGCAGCGUGGUUGAGUUUAGGGUUAAGGUUAGGUUUAAAAUCAAAUUAAAUUGUAGAAAUAGGCGGGGUGUACGACUUUGUGGCUGUGGUAAUUAGUGACGACCCUUUUUGUCAAGUUGCCCUUACAUAGAUGUCCAUGGCAUAUCCAUCCCUCUGAAGUCUGUGUCUAACAGAUUACGACCAUGGCGUCUCCAUUUCUGAAGUAUGCCGUGAUGGUACAGAAGUACCGGACGCCGCUGCUUAUCGCUGGGUGCAGUGGGGUGUUUGCAGCCCAAAUGUUCUACCACUUAUUCCCAGAGAACACUUAUAGGAAGCUGUAUCAGGCCUGGAACAAAGGAGAACCAGCCAGCCUUUCUGAGAAGCUGGAGAGCCUCUUCAAACAGGUGCUGAAGGAUUCUGAUGUGGGCGCCCCUGAUGGUUAUAGAGCCUUCGCGUCGUUUGGCUUCCACCCUGUUGGGGCUGGCGUACCCUGGCUUCCCUCCGGUGCCCAGAUUGGCAUCCCUGCCAACUUCAACAGCACGCUGGACGACCCGGCUGGCAUCACAAACCGCAGCAUACUCAUCAAUGGCGAGAAGGUGGAGUGGGACAGUGUCAUCGGCACGGCCCUGAAGGAUGCUCUAGUAUUCUCCCCAGAGGCUCAGAAGUUUGCCGUGGCGAGGGAGGUAGCUCGUCUUGAGGUGGGCGGGCCUGUGCUGAAUGCGGCUGUAGCUCCAUUCUGCUUGGCCGGAGUGAUGGUCUACUCGGUGACCCUGAAGCAGAUCUUCAGGCUCCACAUUGGGCCUAUGAUCUUCAGGGGCGUAGUGAAUGUUGUGGCGCUCGGCCUGGGCGCUGUCUCUUACUUGCUGACUUCUGACGCUGUCAGCCAAUGGCUGGACUACAAAUCAGACCGCCGUGCUGCAGGCCUGUCCAAGAUCUAUGCCAAGGGAGGGGUGGAGUUCUACAACAAGAUCCUCUCCCGGAACAAGACGCUACGUUCGCUGAUGGGCCAGAAGGGGGAGGAGAUGUACGCGCCCAGUGGCAACCUGUUCCCUGCUCACCUGCUAAGACUGAAGCACGCUCCCUACACCUCCAGGAGGGAUGGCAUUGUGGGCCUACUCAAGGAAGACAAAGCCUAAAAAGGACAUUGGAAGCCCAGUAAUCUCCGCACCAAGAACCAAAUAUCACGUGAGCUUUGACCUCUGACCAGCUACACGUAAAGUCUGACACGAGACUGGAAGCCCAAUGCUGUUUGUGCUAGUUUUCCAACAGGUAUUAUUUAUGAAAUCACAAUUACUGUGAGUAAAAAGGAAAUUUCAACCACAUGUAACAUUGCCUGAAUAAUGACAGUUAUACUUGACCUUGUUACUAUCGUUUCUCUUUAUCAGUGACCUAAAUUUGAGCACAAAUUUGCCUAAAAUUGGUCUACAUGGUGAACCUGCACUUUUGUGUUGUAAAAUACAUCAGGGCAAGACACAAUAAAAAAUAUUUCAUAACAAUA